GAAGCCCGGGAGGCAAAGCCGAGAUGUUCCAGAUCGAGGGCCUUGCGCCGAAGUUGGACCCCGAGGAGAUGAAACGGAAGAUGCGCGAGAUUGUGCUCUCGUCCAUACGGAACUUCCUCAUCUAUGUGGCCCUGCUGCGAGUCACACCUUUUAUCCUAAAGAAAUUGGACAGCAUAUGAAGAUGGGCACCACAUGUGAAUGCAUGAUAUGAGGAACCCAGUUACAAUUUCUACUCCUAUCUUCAAAUGAAUAGGCUCAGAAAUAUGUAAGAGACUCUUGCAUUGAAUGGACAUAAAAAUUCUACUUGUUAAGAACAAGUUCGGCUCUGGUGACUGACCUUCAUAGCUAAAAUUUAAAACUACUUGGGAAGUAAAGACAUCUUGGGUCAUAAUACACCCAUAUGCCUGUGAUGUUCAGCCUCUGUGAAUGUUGAUAUAAUUGUA